GAUAUUCGCACCCAACGCCCCGCGAAGAAGUUGGACGAUCGGUGGUAUGGCCCUUUCGCUGUCAAUAAGGUGAUCAAUCGCAACGCGUAUCGCCUGACGCUCCCAGACUCCUGGAAGAUCCACCCCGUUUUCCACGUCUGGAAGCUCCGUCGCUACGUGGAGGACACCAUUCCCGGAAGGCCGCGGCACCACCGACCGCCGCCCGCGGUCGUCCGCGAUGGAGUCGAGGAAUGGACGGUUGACCGCCUCGUAGACUCCCGGAUCUUCCGAGGAAAGCUGCAGUUCCUCGUUCGCUGGGAGGGCUAUUCGGCUAACGAGGACACUUGGGAACCGGAGGAGAACGUGUCCCCGGUCAGUAUUCGCGACUUC